AAGGUGCAGUACAAGUAGAAGCAAGAGGGAGGGAUAUCUUGACAACAUGAGAUUACUCGAUAUGAAAAAUUUAUUGAACGUACCUUACCAAAAGAGUGCUUUUUGACACCUUUUCCGGGUAUGUAGCUAGUAUCGCCAAAGAAGUAGGUCGGCUACUUGUUGAUACGUUGAUACGUUUAUGUUUGAUGUUGUAUGGUCGGUAACUUGUGUUCUUCGGGGGCGAUGCAGGGGUUGGAAGACUUGAUAGAGGAUCGUUAUUUGGGCAAAUGAGUAAGAUAAAACCUUUUGAGGUCAAGCGUUGGAGGAACAAUUCAAUUAUUCAUUAUUCUGAAUGAGGGAAGUGCGACCCUUUAAGCCUUUAAGAGGUUUAGGUACGCUAUCCAUAUGGUGUCACUGCUUAGUCAGCCACGAUGGAGAGGAGGGAGAAAAAGAGGGGAAGUUCCAUGUUCAUUGGAGGACAGAGUGUGCUUGAAUACCUUAGGUACCAAGGUAUCCAAGGAUCCGUCACUGGUAAGUAAGUUGUAAUGCUAUUCAGCUACCUCUAACUAGGUGUCUAGUAUCUAUCAAUCAUUCGACUAAGUACGGUACUCAUAGAGCCCAACCGAUGCAAUUGAGAAACCUUGACGAUCUCAUUUCUUCAAGGACAAAGCUUUUGUUGAACCGAACUGAUGGAAGUGGCAGCGGUGCGAAGCGGAGUGUAAAGUACAAGCAAGUAAGUUGUACGAAGUAUUGGAUUUGCGAUUGCUACUCCGUAUGUAUACCGUAGUGCGUAUGUUACUCUACGCAGGAUAUCGGUUAGAGGUGAUUAGAGUGGAACUGAAGACUGACCAGUGACUGACUGACUUGCCCAUCUAUCUCAUUUCUCAUUGA